CUUUUAAUUCCAGACGUUGGCUAGAUCUGGGCUAGGGCUUUUGGGCUUGGGUAGGCGAUCUUGCAGAUCUAGUCGAAAUCUCGGUAGAUUCACAGCGCUGGCGAGCUCUACAGCCAGGGGGAGCGCGGAAUUUGGCGCAAAUAGGGUGAAAUGUGGGAUUUCUAGGCGCGCAGAUCUUUGAUCCAUAGCUUUUGGAGGAGGAGCGCGACACGAUGAAUCUCUUCCGCUUAGCAGGGGACAUGACGCAUCUCCUCAGCAUUGUGGUGCUGCUGCUCAAAAUCCACACCAUCAAGAAUUGCGCAGGGAUCUCGCUCAAGACGCAGGAGCUCUACGCGCUGGUUUUCGUGGCGCGCUACCUCGAUUUGUUCACAGACUUUGUCUCGCUCUACAACUUCGUCAUGAAGAUCAUCUUCCUUUCCACGUCGAUGACCAUCGUGUGGUACAUGCGGCGCCACAAACUGGUGCGCCGAACGUAUGACAAGGAGCAAGACACGUUCCGGCACUACUUCCUUGUGCUUCCGUGCUUGCUCCUGGCGCUCGUGAUCCACAAGAAGUUUACGUUUCUCGAGGUUGCCUGGACUUUCUCGAUUUACUUGGAGGCCGUGGCCAUCUUCCCGCAGCUGGUUCUACUCCAGAGGACGAGGAACAUCGACAAUCUGACGGGAAACUACGUUUUUCUAUUGGGAGCUUACAGGGCGCUGUAUAUCGUCAACUGGGCUUACCGGUACAUGACAGAGAAGCACUACGUGCAGUGGAUACCUUGGAUCUCCGGGGCAGUACAAACAGCUCUUUAUGCUGAUUUCUUCUACUACUAUAUUCACAGCUGGAAGAACAACGUCAAGCUCCACUUGCCCGCCUGAUCGCAAGACUAAAAGUUUUGUGUACCAUUCAUCCCAAGUUUUGACAUUUAUUUAUUCGAGGUGGCCUGCUAACCGGACCAGAAGAAAAGAAAAAGGAAGAAAUAAACAGAACAUCUUGAGCAAUGAGCGCUCGCGCUGAUGGAAAUAUUUUAAAAUGGUCGAAGCCCAAGUCAAGCGAUUCUAGACAAAAACUUGGCCAUGUUAGAAUUUGAUCAGCUAAAAACGUGGUCAUUCGAGAAAGAACAAUUCAUUGGUAGUAGUAUCAAAA